AUGGAUCCUGUGCAGGUGAUCUCUUCGGACACAUUUUCUGGAUCCCAUGCGACCCAAGGAAAGUUCUUGAGGCGGAAUACGGUCCGAAAUGGCACAUCGAUCAUCCAACCAGUAGAUUUUCAUGGAGUAGCUCGCACUUCAACGUGCGAAGAAAUGGAAGGUGGUCAAGAUCUGAAAUGGCUGACGUUUACAAGACUUACUAGUGACAACUUAGUGAAGCGACUUCGGCUAUGCGAAAUGCUUCGAGAACGCAAGCUAUAG